CAUAUGUAUAUUUGGUAAUACUUGUAAGUAAUGUAUUGUCAAGGUGCUGGAGCAUGACAGUAAGUCGCAUGUUGAUUACCACAUGCAAGUAAAAAUUUCACUGUACUAUGUUCAUGUGAUAAUAAUGAUCCUAUAAACUAUUCUGUGUAUUGUUUAAGUUGAAAUGUUUAAGGUUUAACUAGUCACAUCUACAUAAGGCAACAGGAAGCCUCUCAUCUUAUGCUGCAUCCACAAAUAAAUUUAAAAGUCUAUAAAUAGGCCAGCUUAAAAUCUUAGAAUAAUUACAAAAUAGAAGGAUUUCACAAAUUAAAAAAAAAAAAAAAGAUUAAAAAUCAACAUUUAAAAACAAUCGUCGGAUAACUACUUCCAUCAGUUUCAAAGGCUUUGCUUGCACACAUAGGUUGUGCUUAUGUAAAUACAUUGUAUACUUCUUUUUAGUUGCAGGGGAUGCUUUAUAAGGUUGUUCCUCUAGCUUCUGACAGUAUUUACUUUGUUUGCCAAGUGCCUCAUACAAUUUAAGAUUGAUAUAUAUGUAAUUAAGUUAACAAAAUAUAUAUUUACAUGCAGAAAAUAGAAUGAACCAGAAAAGAGAUACAAUGAAGCCUAUAACACUUAUCCAUCCAGCCAUCUUUCCUUCCAUCCAUUCAUUUUCUGAUCGGGGUGGCAGGAAAAAAAAAUUCUAAUUUUUAUUUUGUAAUCAUUUGUUUUUUUAAACUGCUUCUGAAGUUUGUGAUGAAAGACACCAUUUGUUGGCAUUGUGUUUUGACGUCCUAUUACUUUAUCAUAUUAUGAUAAAAAUUCCAUCAUGAAAAGAGUGCUAAGCAAAUUGGAGUUUUCUUUGUGGACAAGACAAAAGAUGUGAAUAACUGUACAUAUGUUUGUGAUAAGAGUUAAGUUUUUAGGGUUUUUAAGUUUUUGUGACGGUUCUUUUAUAGGUUCGCACAUAUUGUGCAUAUUACCCAUAAUACAAUGAGUAAUAAUAUAGUCCGCAACAGAGGGACUGGGAAGAAAACUGGCUGGGGGGCCACUGGAGUUUGCUGUCCAGCUGGGUAAUCAAAUACAGGACCAACCCACUUUAUUUGCACAUUGACCAGAUGUAUUGACCACAUUACAUUAAUGUAAAUGAUCUUUCUGUCGACUGUCAUAAUCCACUUAGUCCAACUGAUAGUCCAUAUCUAUUUAUACAGGAAAACACAGAGACAGGACCCCUGACUUUAUUAGCCCCAUGGGAAAUGCAGACAUAGAAACUUCCACAUAUCUGCAGGACUUUAAACUGUAGCCAUGUGCCAGGAGUAUACUAUUGUUUUAGAUAUAAACAGAAAGUAGAUAGAGAAAGCAGCAUCAAAAAAGUCAAACCUGAUUAGAAAUAAUGCUAACCUUUUUUGCAUAAUGUUAAAUAACACCCUGGCACCUUUCCAGAAUUUGAGUUGAAGGUACUGUAUAUAAUUGUGUCCUUUGUACACUUACACCCUCAUUAACACUGGGCCAAAUUAGAGAUCCCAAUUUGUUUAACAUAUACUGUGCAUGUCUGAGUUGGAGAAGAAAUCUGGAGUUCAUGAGAAAAAAUAAACAAAACCUCAUGCGGAAACUGAAAAAAUAGUCAAAGUCUAUGAAUUUUGGAGACUGAAAGCCCCUAUGUUAAACAUUUUCCUUGUACUGAUAGAUGACCAUAUCUCAAUGCCUUACCUAUUAGUAGCUACACAAAUUAUUUUAAAACUCUGAGGAGAUUUUGAUAGAAAGCUGUAACAAUUGAAGCCUAUUCAUUUACUUUUUUUGUUAUAACUCCUGCAUUUCAUGUUUUACUUUCUCAGGAAUUAACGGCAGAAGAAAAAGUCUUCAGAGCUUUACAGAAAUACAUGCCAAAGAUAGACCAAAGAGAGUUCAGUGAAAUAUCCAGUGCAACUAAUAGCCGAGUUACUUUACUACAUCCAAAGGAGCAGUACAAUGUUGGGGAGACCAUGCAAGUCCGGGUGGAUAUGCGAGAUCACAAGGGCAAUCUCAAGGCUUAUGGAGGAGAUUUUAUUUUGUCCCGUAUUGUUUCUCCAACUCUUAAAGCUGCUGCUUCUGGAAUUGUGAAGGACCUCAGAAAUGGAACCUACCUGGUUGAUUUCACCUUGUUUUGGCCAGGCCAGGUGGAAGUUGUGCUGCAGUUGAUACAUUCAACGGAGACUGUAGAUGUAUUAUGGAGAGUCAAGCAACAUCCUAACGAUAAAUUUGUAUUUACAGGAACAUUCGCCAAUACUUCAGUAACAGAGAAAGCAAAAUGCUUCUCCUAUUCAAAAUAUGGCCUGCCACUCUGCACCUAUAAAGAUAAGAGGGACAAUGAAACUUACUUCUGUCUGAAGGCAAAAACUCUCCCUUGUGAAACACUGCUUUUCCUGCAAUGUAUGAAUGGUGAAAAUCCUAAUAUGACUAAUGAAGAAAAGAAGCUGUUGGACAGAUCAAACAUUGGUGUUAGAAUUCCUAAUGAUUUCCAGCCAGUUACUGUUGUUGGUGACCUCUUGUUAUCCAACAAAAAGUGCUUAUUUGGAGCUCCCAAUCCAGUUCCAAGUGGAUUUUUCCAUAUGAAGAUUUGGUAUUCAUCUUUUUGCAAAUUAAGGAGCUUCAGUGAUACCAAUGACAUCAAUAGCUGCCUUCAGGGGAAAACGUUGCACCUGAGGGGUGACUCCACCAUACGACAAUGGCUUGAAUAUCUUACAGAAAAGCUUAAUGAUUUAAAAUACUUGAUUUACUCAAAUAAAUAUAAGCCAAUGUAUGCUGCUGAUGGAAAGAGAAACAUUACUGUUGAUUGGAAGAUGCAUGGCCACCCUUGGAUUACACAAAUUGUAGUCUCUAUCAAAGAUGGAAAUUAUGUGGCCAAAGAUGGAAAUUAUGUGGCCAGAGAAGUCGACAGAAUUUCUGGAGGACCUGAUACAGCUGUUGUGGUAGCAAUAGGCCAGCAUAUACGGCCAUAUCCCUUAGAGCUAUACAUCAAGAAACUACUAAACAUCCGCAAGGCAAUUCAAAGGCUCCUGCUUCGUAACCCAGCAACUACAGUUUUUGUUAAACUGGAGAACAUUCGAGAGUUGUCUGCUGACACCCUACGUUUUAGUAACUGGCAUGGCUACAUGCAAAACUUGGCCCAACACGAGGUCUUUCAAGGACUCAAUGUCACAGUCCUUGAUGCCUGGGAUAUGACUAUAGCUGACAACACACAAGAUGUUCACCCACUCGAACAUGUUGUACAUAGUCAGAUAGCCAUAUUUUUAUCUUAUCUUUGUCCUAGUUCAGUUGGAUUCCACUAAAUUACUUACUUAAUAAAUUGCAUUUUCAGUAUAUCACAAGUACACUGUAGAUGACUUGGUGCUUAAAGAGGGGAAGUGGAGUAUGAAGCAUAAAUGCAAGGCACAAAGCCCUGAGAAUUCUUAAGAUGCAGUACCUAAAGCUGUGCUAAAUAUAUUUCAAAAUAUCUUUUAUUGUUCAGUGUUGUAUAGUAACAAAGAAAUACAUUAUUACUGUACUUAAGUAUGUUUUGACAAUAUGUUUAUUUCACUGUCUCCUUUUCUUUUACUUUGCUACAUUUUUGAAUGCAUUUACUUCAGUACAUUUUGCUAGACACAUUUGUUACUGAAAACAAAAAGGGAUACCCAAAUACACACAAUGCUUUACUCAGACAAUUAUCUAAAAUACAGGCUUUAGCAAAAUCUACAUAUAUGAAGAAUCUGCGAUGAACACAAUUUUUUAUGCAGUCUUUCCAAGGACAUCUCUCCACUGCCUGCAGAACAGGGGAGCCUUGGCAUUGGUGACAUGCACUCCCACUCUCAGUUAUUUCUACAGCUGAUGCUACCACAUCCAAACACCAUCUCCACAGAAGAGUACCGAACAUGAUAGUGCUGAUCUUCAGGUUUCAGUAAAAUGUACUUGUGCGUUCAUGUGCUGUGGUUCACUCAUCUUGUCACAUGUGUUACUCAUUUUCAUUUUCCACUUGCCUUUUGCUAUUUUCUCUAUUUUAUUUGGUCCCCUGACCUGUUUUUAGUAUC